AGGGCCAGACUGUCAUCUGCAGGUCAAAACCAUUCUGCUGACACUGUUGUUCCCACCAUGAACUCAUGCCAUUCCGGACAGACACAAGCCUAAGCCCUUUUUUCCGCCACUUUCUCUAUAUAAAGGUGGGGGAGUCUACAUUUCAGGGCUAGUGCUCAUCCUGGCACAAUAUCAGUCUGUUACGAUAACCUUAAAAGGCCCUCUCUAACCUUACACUCGUUUACUCGUUUUCCUUAGGCAAGUAGGUCAUUUAAAAAGUGUAUAGAGCACCAGGAUCGUAAACCUAAGUGUAUCUAAGUCACAACAGUCCGAAACAAGCCAAGCCAAGUCGUUAUGGAUAUUACCAUCCAACACCCAUGGGUCAGACGUGUCUUGGGCUAUCCCACUCGCCUAUUCGACCAGUUCUUUGGGGAAGGUCUGUUUGAUUAUGAUCUCUUUCCCUACAGUGCCUCCACUAUCAGCCCCUUUUACCGCCACUCGCUCUUCCGAAGCUUUCUGGAUUCCUCCAGCUCAGGCAUCUCUGAGGUGAGCUCUGACAGGGAUAGGUUCACAGUCCACUUGGAUGUGAAACACUUCUCGCCUGAGGAGCUUCAAGUAAAGGUGGCAGAUCACUAUGUGGAGAUUCAGGGCAAGCACGGAGAGCGUCAGGAUGACCAUGGAUACAUCUCGCGUGAGUUCCACCGCCGUUACCGUCUGCCCUCCAACGUGGACCAGUCGGUCGUGACCUGUACGCUGUCGGCUGAUGGCCUGCUGCGGACCAAAAACUGGGGGCUCAGAGUCUGGGCAUGGAGAACGUAUCAUCCCCGUUACCCGGGAUGACAAAUCCAGCUCCGCUCCUUCUUCUUAGACAGAUAAAAGAGGGGGUGUGAAUGAGGCUUAACAGAGUCUUUUAUUUUCAAAAUUAGUACAACUAACUAAAAGAUAAUGAAAUGAUCAGUAGAAAAGGUUUGGUCCUAAAUUUUGAGACAACCAUUUAAAGGUUCAUUUAAGAUUGACUUCUGAUUUUCUUGCCCAACACAAUAGCAACUCCUUUUUAGUGUAGCCCUGGAUUUAGAGAAUUAUAAAAUGACAAAAAGGAUUUGUUCCAUUUCCAUUCUUAGAGGUUGUGAGCAGAUUUAUCUUGCAUACUGGCUUUUACUUCACCUGCCUGCUCUCUUUUUACCUUAACUCAUGUCACACUGGUCUUUUUACCUGUCCCUCAGCUCUUAGCUCUGUUUUCGUUCAGAAAGCCCCUUACCUGAUCUGUUACAAGUUAUAGUAAUAGUAAUAAAAGAAGUUA